AUGGUUCAAUCUGCUGUUUUAGGUUUCCCAAGAAUCGGACCAAAUAGAGAAUUAAAGAAGGCUACUGAAGCUUACUGGAAUGGUAAGACUUCUGCUGAAGAUCUAUUAAAGGUCGGUAAGGAAAUCAGAGAACAAAACUGGAAAUUACAAAAGGAAGCCGGUGUCGACAUCAUUGCUUCUAAUGAUUUCUCUUUCUACGAUCAAGUUCUAGAUUUAUCUGUUUUGUUUAACGUUAUUCCAGAACGUUACACUAAGUAUCAAUUACCUCAAUUAGAUGUCUUGUUUGCCAUGGGUAGAGGUCUACAAAGAAAAGCCACUGAUUCUGAACCAGCUGUUGAUGUUACUGCUUUAGAGAUGGUUAAAUGGUUUGAUUCUAACUACCAUUACGUUAGACCAACUUUCGGUAAGAACUUAUCUUUCAAAUUAAAUGGUCAAAAACCAGUUGAUGAAUUCUUAGAAGCUAAGGCUCUUGGUAUUCAAACUAGACCAGUCUUAGUUGGUCCAGUUUCUUACUUAUACUUAGGUAAGGCUGACAAAGAUAACUUGGAACUAGAUCCAAUUUCUUUAUUAGAUCAAUUAUUACCUCUAUAUACUGAAAUUUUACAAAAAUUGGCUGCUGCUGGUGCCACUGAAGUUCAAUUAGAUGAACCAACUCUAGUUCUAGAUCUUCCAGCUAAUGUUCAAGCUGCUGUUAAAAAGGCUUACACUUACUUCGGUCAACAAUCUAACUUACCAAAGAUCACUCUAGCUUCUUAUUUCGGUACUGUUGUUCCAAACUUGGAAUCUCUAAAGAAUCUACCAGUUUCAGGUUUCCAUUUCGAUUUUGUUAGAGCUCCAGAACAAUUCAACGAUGUUCUAGCUGCCAUUGGUCAAAACCAAACUCUAUCUGUCGGUAUUGUUGAUGGUAGAAACAUCUGGAAGAACAACUUUGCUAAGUCCUCUUCUUUCGUUCAACAAGCUAUUGCUAAACUAGGUGCUGAAAGAGUUAUUGUCGCUACUUCUUCCUCUUUAUUACACACUCCAGUUGAUUUAGAAAAUGAAUCUAAGUUGGAUGCUGAACUAAAGAACUACUUCUCUUUUGCUACUCAAAAGCUAGGUGAAGUUGUUACUAUUGCCAAGAACGUUUCUGGUCAAGAUGUCUCAGCUGCUUUACAAGCUAACGCUUCCGCUAUUACUGCUAGAGCCAACUCUACCUUCAUUAACGAUCAAACUGUUAAGGACAGAGUUUCCUCCAUCGAUGCUAAGAUGUCAACUAGAGCUGCUCCAUUCCCUCAAAGACUUGCUGAACAACAACCUGUCUUCAACUUACCACUGUUCCCAACUACCACUAUUGGUUCUUUCCCACAAACUAAGGACAUCAGAAUCAACAGAAACAAGUUCAACAAAGGUCAACUAUCUGCUGAAGAAUACGAAAAGUUCAUCAACUCCGAAAUUGAAAGAGUUAUUAGAUUCCAAGAAGAAAUUGAUCUAGAUGUUCUAGUUCAUGGUGAACCAGAAAGAAACGAUAUGGUUCAAUACUUCGGUGAACAACUAAAGGGCUACGCUUUCACUACAAACGGUUGGGUUCAAUCUUAUGGUUCUAGAUAUGUUAGACCACCUAUUAUUGUCGGUGAUCUAUCUAGACCAAAGGCCAUGUCUGUCAAGGAAUCUGUCUACGCUCAAUCCAUCACUAAGAAGCAUGUCAAGGGUAUGUUAACUGGUCCAAUCACCUGUCUAAGAUGGUCUUUCCCAAGAGAUGACAUUGAUCAACAAACUCAAGCUUAUCAAUUAGCUUUGGCUCUAAGAGAUGAAGUUAAUGAUCUAGAAGCUGCCGGUAUUAAGAUUAUCCAAGUUGAUGAACCAGCUAUCAGAGAAGGUCUACCACUAAGAGCUGGUGCCGAAAGAUCUGCUUACCAAGUCUGGGCUGCUGAAGCUUUCAGAGUUGCUACUUCUGGUGUUUCUAACAAGACUCAAAUCCAUUCUCAUUUCUGUUACUCUGAUUUGGAUCCAAACCAUAUCAAGGCUCUAGAUGCUGAUGUUGUUUCUAUCGAAUUCUCCAAGAAGGACGAUGCCAACUACAUUGCUGAAUUCAAGGAUUAUCCAAAUCAUAUUGGUCUAGGUCUAUUCGAUAUUCACUCCCCAAGAGUUCCAUCUACUCAAGAAUUCAUUACCAAGAUUGAAACUAUUCUAAAGACUUACCCAGCUGAAAAGUUCUGGGUUAACCCAGAUUGUGGUUUGAAGACCAGAGGUUGGGAUGAAACCAGAGAAUCUUUGACUCACAUGGUUGAAGCUGCUAAGUACUUCCGUAACCAAUACCAAAAAUAA